GCCGGGGCUGCGAGGCGGAGCGGGGGCGGACGAGGCGGAAAGGGGGAAGCGAUGGCUCACGGCUAACCACAUCCGCGCCGGCUGGUUUUCGAACUCCGAGCGCGCUGCUGCUGCUGCUGCGGCUGCUGCUGGUUUCCUUCCUUCCCCCUCCAUUUUGGAGAGGCGCCUCGGCCAGCUGUUUGCCUGGCGGGCAUCUCUCUCUCUCUCUCCCGGCCCCCGGCGAUGGCCUUCAGCUCGUCCUGGCAGAUCUUGUCGCCCGUCCAGUGGGCCAAGUGGACGUGGUCCGCGGUGCGCGGAGGAGGAGGAGGAGGAGGCGGACCGGGCGCCGAGCUCCUGGAGGGCAGCGCGGCCGUCGGCGGAGACGGGGAGGCUCUGGCGGCGCCCGGGCAGCUGGAGGAAGACGAGGAGGACGCCCAAGCGGACACCAAGUCCCUGAGUCUCAGUUCGGAUUCCGAAGGCAAUUUUGAGACUCCUGAAACGGAGACCCCGAUCCACGUCCUGGGCAAGGAGCUGGAGAACGCCUUGGCGCCCGAACCCGAGUCCCAAGCGUCACAUGAAGAUGAUGUGCAACUGACAGCCAAGGUUUUGGAGGAGAACUUGCAUCAGAAGGGCUCCGCUUUGGCAGAUGAUGAAUCGCAGGCAGAUGCUGCAGUCUCGCAAGCUGAUUCGUUCCCCUCAGAAGCCAACUUUGGGCUCGGUAGAGGUUCAUCCAUGACUCCAUCCGCUCCUGAGACAGAGCUAUCUGAAGAUCAGCCCCCGGCUGUUCUAGUGGGAAACGCUUCUUCGCCAAGAUCAGAUCCAGAUCGGACCUCAGCAAGUGCCGUGCCCGUAGCGACUCAAGAAGACCCACAAGGGGCAUCUCAGGAAAGCAAAGCCGCUGGAAGAUCUUCCGAAACCAAGCCAACUAGUGAGACGCCCGUCCUUAACAAGAGCAAGCUCCCAAGGGCCAGACCAGUUGUUCUGCAGAAGAAAAUGGGAGGAGAGAAUCCGGAGACUGAAACAGCCACGGAGAGCAUCCCUGUGCCCAAAGCUUCCUCCCUCUUUGACCCUGAGGAGUACAAUGAAAAUAUGAACCCGUUUGUAAUGGGAGGCUCCAAACUCCAAAAUUCUCCCCCUGUGUCUCGGCAUGGUCUUGCUGUUCCAGAGAGAGACACUGCGGACUCCAUUUUGGAUGGCCCUGGCGAGUCCAAGGGCCGGGCUGUGAAACUGGAAUUUGAUUUUAACGAAGGGGCAGAAAACGCCGAGCCCAAGAAAAUCCCCUCGAGGAAAGCGGGAAGGAAGCCAGCCAGCAAGUUGUCUCCAAAGAGACAAAGAGGGAGCACCAACCGUCCAGUGGUGGGAACUGAGGGUGGAGAGAAGACAUUUCCAGGGGAUCCCUCUGAGGCGCUCCCUCCCAGGGCUUCCCACCCGACCGAUGGCAGCCAACGGGAGGAUCCCAACUUGAACCCAUUUGUGGGGGGCUCCAAAUUGUCGAGCUCCCCACCUCUCCCAAAAGGUUCCUAUAAUCUGGAGGUGGCAGACCCGUUCAAGCCCACCAAGACCUUGGCCGACGUGGCCGCGGACACCUGCCCUUCGACCGAGAACAGCCUCAAUGAGAUCUUGGAGUCCCAGAAGCUGGAAGGCAUGGGCGACGCACUGAAGCCAGGCUUUGCCUCACCAAAGAAAACCAAGUCACGUUUGAUAACGACUACUGAACAAGUGAAAUUUCUCUGUUUUCUGUUGAGUGGCUGCAAAGUGAAGAAAUAUGAAACGCAGUCCCUGGUUCUCGAUGCUUGCUCUCAGGAUGAAGACGAAGGUGCCCUUAUCUCCAAAAUCCCAGACCUGUCCAGUCGGGAUGGGCAUGCCACCGAUGAAGAAAAGCUGGCUUCUACAUCCUCCGGUCAGAAGCCAGCCCAAUCCGAGGUGAAAGGUGAGCCCGAGGAAGACCUGGAGUACUUUGAAUGUUCCAAUGUUCCUGUGUCUGCCAUAAAUCAUACGUUUUCAUCCCCAGGAGAAGGUCUUGAGAAGGACUCCUCAUGCAGCAACCCUACCAAUACUGUGGGUCGUUCUGAGCUCUGUGCUGUGGAGAAGCCUCCUGGAAUGACAACAGCUGGCGUGAAAGGAGGUGCCGAAAACCCCCUGGAUGCCAUUUGCCUCAGUGAAACCGACAAGAUGGCGGUUCUGACUUUGAUUAGAGAAGAGAUCAUCUCGAAAGAAAUUGAAGCAAAUGAAUGGAAGCGGAAAUACGAAGGAAGCCGGCAAGAGGUUUUGGAAAUGAGGAAGAUUGUGGCCGAAUAUGAGAAGACGAUCGCCCAGAUGAUUGAGGAUGAGCAGAGGACAAACAUGGCAUCGCAAAAGAGUCUCCAGCAGCUCACAAUGGAGAAAGAACAGGCGCUGUCAGACCUGAAUUCAGUGGAGAGAUCUCUGUCUGACCUCUUCAGGAGAUACGAGAAUCUGAAAGGGGUCCUGGAAGGCUUUAAAAAGAACGAAGAAGCGUUGAAGAAAUGUGCUCAGGACUAUCUGAAUCGCGUCAAGCAGGAAGAACAGCGUUAUCAGGCCUUGAAAAUCCAUGCCGAAGAGAAGUUAGACAAAGCCAAUGAAGAAAUUGCUCAAGUGCGUGCUAAGGCCACAGCUGAGAGUGCAGCUCUCCACGCCGGGCUCAGGAAGGAGCAAAUGAAGGUGGAAUCUCUGGAAAGAGCCCUCCAGCAAAAGAACCAGGAAAUCGAAGAACUGACUAAGAUCUGUGAUGAGUUGAUUGCCAAACUGGGGAAGACCGACUGAUCCUUGUCUCCCUUGCCCAGAGCACCACGCUCAGCUGCUGCCUGUGGUCAGCCUGCAUCCCCAAGCGAGCACCUUGCCUUAUUUUCCAGAAAUAAUCUCUCCCCACCAACCACCCCUGCAAGAGAGAGAAGAAGCACAGCCUCCCCCUCACCCAACCUCGGUGUCAAAAUGUUCCCACCUGCAAGGCCAAGAAGGUGGAAGCUCUGCUCUCUGCUCAUUGCCUAGAGUUAUUCUGGUUUAUUGCUUCCCAGCUGCAUUUCUGUGACCUGGUGUGGGCAGGCAGCCUUGACUGUAGGAGCCCGGCUGAUAUAAGCAGGCUGCAUGUUACUGAUGCUGCCAUCUCUGCAAGGAUGCAGUUGAGAACAGGGCUAAGCUGCUCCUUAAGUAGGGUGACUUUCCAGUCCAUCCAACGUAUCUGGUGCACAGUGUCCUGAUGAAAACAGAGUUUCCGGAUAAUGCUUGCAAUUGGGUGGUGGGUUGGGUCGGGCACAGUUUGCUAGAGCUGGUGUUCCAUGGUCUGCGGUGGCAAAGGCACUAGUGGAACAUGGGCUUUGCUGUAUUUGAAGUCAGGAGAAAAUGAGGCCGAUGCAGCUGUUUCAUGAUGCCCAGGUUGGCCACCUAUGGCAUCCAGAAUUUUGGGUCAGCCAUGAUCAGGUAGGAGGAAGGAAAGAAAGAAAGAGCACCUGUUCCGUCCUCGUUAUUAUUAUGAAUAACAGUCGGGGGCUACUUGAACAUGAAGACUUUGGCAACCUGGGAAGUCUUUGCCGUAGUCAACAGUUUGAUCUUCAAGUUUAUGGCUUGGCUGUGAAGACCAACGUGGUUGCCCUGCUAGAACAUACAUUUCAGUUAGUACGCUUGAACGCCAUAGCUUGAGGAUGCUGUCCCUUCACGAGAGAGCAGAAGACAGAGAGCACAAAGUUCCCAUUUUCCAUCUGAAAUGGAGGGUGUUCCAUAUAUUUUAUCCUUUGUUAAGGCAAUCUUUGUUAAGAUGCUGCUGUUUUCUCUUUGGAAGCCGGCCGGCGGAGCAGAAGUCCUAACUCCUGCAUCCAUCAUUGUGUCCACUUGAAGCACCUUUUCCUUCUUCUCUCGAAGUUCCCUGAGAAUCUGAAUUCAUUUCAGUCUUGGGACAUGUCACAAGGAAUCCCACCAGGCCAGACUGUAGGCAGAGUAAUUUCAGUUGGCAUCUGGUGGUCCUGGCAGUUAGAAGCUGUGGUUGUUCUAUAAAUUUAAGAGAGAGAGGAGUACUAGUUACACUUACCAGCCUGUUCCUCCCCCCAAAAAAGCCAUCAACUGGACUCAUUCCUCAAGUCCAUUCUGAUUUCUUGGUCCAUUGAUGAACCAGUGAAGCACUUUGAUUACUCCGGCAAGGAAUAAUCAACCCCUCCCAAGGGCCAGCGUUAAACUGAUGCACCAAAGGUCUUCUGACAGUACUUGUAGGUUGGUUCAUCUGCAGCUUUUUUGUGCAUAGUAAAUUUCACAUGCCGUCUUUAGGAUCUUCAGCAUCUUGAGAACCUCUGCUACCAUGUGACGUGUCUAUUUUCCUUGGUCAAACAAGAUCUCUAGCCCUUAUGGUUGGGCCAAAUGCCUUUAAUGACAUAUAGGCUGCACCUCCAAUGCUCUGGAGGUGGAACCUGAAUCGUAGCCACCCAUUGACCCUCAGGGUGUUUGGGGAGCUUAAUGUGGGGAAGGGUGCCCUCCCCUCAUCAAAUCAAUAGUGAAAACCCUUUUCCUUUUGAGCAGAAAGAGCCAGCCUUUCCAGUGAGGUGGUUUGGUUCCUCAGCAAGCUUGUCUGGAAUGUCUCACUUUUUAUUCACGUGUCACGGUAGACUCCUCCACUGCAACACUCUUGUCACACUCUCCUCUCACCUUUCUCACGUCCAUCCCCUCACUGCCACACUGCUUCUGGCCAGCAGCUUGUGGUUGUGAAAGGGGGCACACUCAGGAUCAUACACUAGGCCAGCCGACAGGUGUGUGUGUGUGUGUGUGUGUAUGUGUGUUUGGAGCCUGGCAUCUUGAACUUUAAGCUUUGGGCCCCAGGAUUCUUCACCUGGUUUGUUUGCUUCUUUUAAAACAUUUUAUGCAGCUUUUUGCUCACCCGGAAGUGGCUGGUAGCAAGCAGAAGGGAGCGCUGGAAGAGGCACUCCUCCGUCCUGUCUCCCAGCUACAGGGACAAUUCCUAUAAAUGUUGGUUAAUCUACUCCUCUUGAUGACAAUGUGGAGGGACGAGGCUUACCCAUCAAUUCUUGGGAGACUGGAGGUGAAGCCUGUUGCGUUACCCUCCUGCGUGUGAGUUUUCAAUCACGUCGUCAGGUUCCCCCGGACUGCACUCCUUCUCCAACCUGGUGCUUUGCCCACUGUGUUGGACUACCAUGCACAUAAACUACAGCCAGCUGUGGAUUAUGGAGGGGCGUAGUCUCAUAACCUCAGGGGCACCCAAAGUGAGGAAGGCAGGCUGGGCUGUCCCAAAAGGGGAGGUGGAAGCAAAGACGGGAGAGAUUUCCUCCAGGGACAGCCCGGCUUUCUCCUCCUCAGACCCUGUAGCUUUAGCCCAGCGUCCAGUUGUUGGCCAGCUGUUCAGUGGUUGCACUUUUUGUCCAUUGUGUGCAUGUGCGCGCACGAACUCACUCACCUGCGCACCGUGCCAAACACCCUCUUGUCUUGUGUGCCUCCCAAGCCUGCCACUGGAAUGUGGGUGAAGAAGAUUCCUAAGGAAUGACAAUUAUUAACUAUAAUAUGGUUAUUAUAGUCUGUGCGGAUAUGAAAUAUAUAUUAAUAUAUAGUGUUGCACUAUAUAUAUAUAAUGGUUAUAGUUCUAUAUAGUGGGUGGUGUGUGUGGUAUAAAUUGGUAAAACUGUUAUACCUAAUAGGAUCUGGUGAGCCAAAAGGAAAUGAUGUCCGAGCUGGCUGUCUUUAUAAUCUCAUCUCUGUCGGAUUCUUCUUUCCAUCUUCUUUCCUUUGCAAGAGGAUUGGAAAGGGGAUCGGCUGGCUGGCAGGCAAUGGGUUUCAGGAGGGAACAUUUCCUGUGUCCGCACCAGCAGGCGGCCGGUUUUAGUGCUUUUACAGCAUAGCUCUCUCACGUAGAGCUUGAAGGCAGCCCCCAUACCAGCAAAGGGGCCAGUCCUCAUCCAGUUGUCCCUGCAUUCGGAAGCAGGUUUGACACUGGGUCAUGCCAGGCUGCUAUGCCCACACCUGCUUUUGAACUGUCUUGAAUACCUGGACACAACUUGGUUCUGAUGACAGCAGAAAAUGCAGGUAGUCCGUGCUCAGUAUAGAUCCGUAUACAUUGAUUAUUCUCCUUCCGAUGCAUGUCAAAGUAAACCGGCCACUGUCUGCGCCUUCGGCUGAAAAUCUAGGGGCCAGGAAACUCCAGCUAGACCUUAGAAACAUCCGUGUUAAAGCUAAAAUGUUACCAUCCCUUAGAAAAUUAAAUCGUGAAUAUGAAGACGUUUGAGUGGGUAUUUUAACAGCAGGUCAGUAUAUGUGCACUGUUAGUGGCGUGUUACCUUUAAAUUUUAAAAUCGUCAGUUAAAAGCUGUGAAAAUGGCCAUCCUCCACAAAUUACCACCAACAAGUAAUUGGAAGUGAUUUUGUUUUGCAAGUGAUUGAAAGAAAAACAGGUUGGUUAAACAUUCUAACAAAUUACAGGUAACCAGUUAAAUUUUAACAGUUCCGAGCGUGGUUCUUGCAGUAUAUUCUGGCGUCUGUUCUUCCACGUUAGGGGAAGUGCUCAGAAUAAACUUGACCUGUGCAAGGCCUCGCUCAUUUAUUUGCCAUCCUCCACGCAGCACUAAUCCAGACGGAGCAGUUGUUUCUGUACGUCCUGAUGGUUCUAGUCUUUUCCCCACCAUCCAUACGACGUUAGCUUAUCCCGCUAGUUCAGUGCUUUUUUCACUGACAUUUUGUAUCUUUCGAUACUUCCGAUCGCCGUCGCUUGUAUUUCGUCUUGCUUUUUUCCUGGGAUAAGGAGGUAGAGUUCGUUACUAUGGUGCUUCUUUUUUGGGGAAAUUCACCGGGACGGCUGCGAGACUCCCAGUCAGAAAGUCACAAUUCAUCAGAAGCUCUAGCAAAGAACUGAACUUCUUAAGUAUUCUUCAAAGAGUUCUUUAGAAGUUUUCCUAUGGAGAGACAGUUACCUGAGAGAGAAGAAAAGUGGCUUUUAAAGAGAGAGUUUAAAUGUGAAUCCGGAUGAUUCCCAUCCUUUUCCAGAGCCAAGAGGGUGAAACUUUUGCUCCAUUCUGAAGGGCUUUCAGAUGUUUCUGUAGGCGGGGGGGGGGAAUCCACACACUAUUGAAUUAUAUCCUGAUAUCACACCAAUACCUGGUGAAAAGUUGUAGUAGAUCAGAGAUGAGCAUCUUUUGCAAACGGAUGGAUGCUGCAGCACACGUCUUCCCUCUCCAUUGGUCCUCUGCCUAGAGCUCACAGGACAGGCUGUCCAACAACAUCACAGUUUCCUGUCUUGGACUGGAUCCCGUUUAAUAGAAAUCCAACAUGGCGGCUGUUUGCUUCUCCCCAGAACUGCCACGCUUCACCCUCUCUGCCUUGAAAUCUAAACAAGCCCCCCUUUGUACCAAGGAGCCUCCCUACCGAACCACGGUCAUUGCUCUCUGUCUGUGUCCAGUUGCCCGAAGCUCUUGUAUGUUGCAAAACGUCUCGUAAAAACUCCGUCGUAAGCUGACUGUUAAUUGAGUGCCCGGUGCCAUCGGGCAAAGAUCCUCCCCCAGGCCAAGGCAACCCUGCAGUCCUGCUUGCUUUGUACAGUGGGUGUAAGCUCCCACCUUCACAUAUUUGAUAUGUAUGAUAAUUUCCCUUUUCUAUGUCAGGUAAAUAUUUGUAAGAAUUAUACUCACACAAAUGAGAUUAUUAUAAGGAUUACUAAUAUAUUUUUCCCAUGUUCCAUUGCCUGAAUAAUAAUAAUAAAAAAUGUGUUUCCAAG